UUUGGUUGACUUCACCCCCACAACGUUGUUAUGCGUCUCACAUUUUGACAUUGCUAUCUCCUUCUCUAAUUUCAUUAUGCAGAUUGGUUUCUAAAAAGACUCAAAGAUCUUGAAUCAUUAUUCAUGACAUGGCUCUUGAUCCUUCGUCUCGUAGUUGGAUACAAGAUGUCUUCCCGAGCUUCCACGGAGCAGAUGUUCGCAAAGACUUUCUCAGUCACGUUGUCAAGGAGUUCAAAGCAAAGGGCAUCGACAUGUUCAUUGAUAAUGAUAUCGGGAGAAGCAAAUCGAUCCGUCCAGAACUCGUAAAAGCUAUUAGAGGAUCAAGAAUCCUGAUCGUUUUGCUCUCGGAAAAUUACGCUUCUUCGACAUGGUGCCUUAAUGAAUUGGUGGAGAUUAUGAAUUGUAGCAAAGAGUUGGAUCAAACGGUGAUGACCAUUUUCUAUAAAGUCCAUCCAACUGAUGUAAAGAAGCAAACCGGAAAUUUUGGACAAGUCUUCAAAAAAACUUGUAAGGGUAAAACAAAAGAGAACAUUAGGAGAUGGAGACAUGCUUUGGCCCAAGUGGCAAUAAUUGCUGGUUACCAUUCAAGCAACUGGUGUAAUGAAGCGGACAUGAUCGAACAAAUUGCGACAAAUGUUUCAAAUACACUAAAUAAUUAUAUCCCAUCAAACUACUUUGAAGACUUAGUUGGGAUGGAAGCUCACAUGGAAAAGAUGAUGUCUUUGUUAUGCCUAGAAUGUGAUGAAGUGAGAAUGGUAGGGGUUUUGGGUCCUGCGGGUAUUGGUAAGACGACCAUCGUUAGAGCCUUAUAUGAAACACUUUGUAGUAACUUCACUCAUACUGCAUUUAUGGUGAGUAUAAAAGGAGUCUAUACAGUACAGAACCGCGACAACUUUGCACUCAUGUUGCAGUUACAAGAACAACUUUUAUCUCAAACCUUAAAUCAAAAGGAUUUGAAGAUACGUCACUUAGGUGUGGCACGGGAAAGGUUGAAAGAUAAGAAAGUGCUUGUCGUUCUUGAUGAUGUUGAUCGGUUAGUACAGUUAGAUGCUAUGGCGAAAGAACCUAAAUGGUUUGGUAAUGGAAGUCGGAUUAUCAUAACAACACAAGACCACAAUCUCUUAAAGGCACAUGGUAUCAAUCAUAUUUACAAGGUUGAUUAUCCUAUUGAUGAAGAGGCGCUUCAAAUCUUCUGCUUGAAUGCUUUUGGGCAAAAGUCCAUUAGAGAANUGCUUACUUAG